AUGGAAAAUUCAUCAGUUUUCUUACGUGAAGAAUACGCCCAAAGGGAGUUCUGGAAUAAUAGGUUUAGGGACUAUAAAAGUCCGUUUGACUGAUAUGUAAGCUGAAAAGAGCUCAGACCAAUACUGAAUUCGAAUGUCCCAGCAGAAUCUAUUGCAAAUGUCCUUAUGGUAGGAUGCGGGAACUCUACGUUGAGCGGAGAUAUGGGCGGAAAUGGCUACAAUGUCACGAAUAUUGACAUUUCAGAUGUAGUAAUUGACCAGAUGAAGGACAAAACUGGUCAAGAUUAUUUGCUGAUGGACGCGACUAAGACUUUUUUUAAGGACCAGGCCUUUGACUUUGUGCUGGACAAAGGCACGUUUGACGCUUUAGCAUGCCAAGCAGGCUCAGAGCUGCCGUCUGCACUUGUGAGAGAAAUGGGGAGAAUUGCGAAAAAAGUGAUUAUGAUUAUUACACAUGGAAAAAAAGCAGCCAGAUCACCUGUUUUUAAUGGAGCUUUGGAGGAGUUUGGGGAAUGGAAAGAAGAAGUGAUUAAAUGUGAACUGUCAUUUCAGGCACAGUUUAUUAUAGUUUUUUUGAUAAAUAAGGGUAUAAAUUUUGGGAAAUUUAUAGGAAAUAAAGGAGUUUUUUGAUAAUUAUUAGGAGAAAGCUAUUUUUAAAGAUAUAAAUAUUAUUAGGUCAAUGUAUCCAGGGGAUUCUUUAAGCAAAGUUAUGAAGGAUCCUGAAAAACUUGCAGCCUGCAUAAAACAGUUAGCGGAGUAUAAGAAAUCGAAGGUUACGGAAGAAAAUCCAUUAAGGCAGACUUUUUGCUGGGUUUAUAUUUAUAGUAAGUUAGAGGGCCAAAAUGAAGCUCAGAAAGAAGAAAAUGAAGAGGAAGAAAUUCCAGACAAGGAAGAAGAAAAUUCAGAAGCAGCAGAAGCUAAAGGAGCAAACUAA